UGCGCAGUGCUGUCUGUCAUCCUGUGCCGGAUUUGAAGCGAGCACUCCCUGCCAGGAUUCUCCAAUGAAUGGCACGAUGGCCGCCUCGUCUAAUAGGAUCAUGCUCGGCCCUCUUGUAGCCGCAAUCGACCAGGGCACGAGCUCCACUCGCUUCUUGGUAUUCAAUGCUAAAACUGCAGAACUGCUUAGUCACCAUCAAGUCGAGAUUCAGCAAAGUUUCCCUAAAGAGGGCUGGGUGGAAGAGGACCCAAAAGAGAUUCUGCAGUCCGUGUACGAGUGCAUGGACCGAACCUGCGAGAAACUGACACAGCUCAACAUUGACAUCUCCAACAUCAAAGCCAUUGGUGUGACCAAUCAGCGAGAAACCACACUGGUCUGGGACAAAGAAACAGGCGAGCCACUGUACAAUGCAGUUGUGUGGCUGGAUCUGCGUACACAGUCCACCGUGGAGAGACUCAUCAACAACACGCCCGGCAGGAACAAAAAUCACCUGAAGCACAAGACCGGUCUUCCCAUCAGCACGUACUUCAGUGCAGUGAAGCUACGCUGGUUAAUGGACAACGUAGAGGAGGUGCGCAAGGCAGUGGUUACACACACAGCCAUGUUCGGGACCAUCGACUCCUGGCUCAUAUGGUGCCUAACUGGUGGAAAGAAGGGAGGUGUCCAUGUUACAGACGUGACCAAUGCAAGCAGGACCAUGCUCUUCAAUAUACACACUAUGGACUGGGAUCCAGACCUCUGCACCUAUUUUGGCAUACCAAUGGAGAUUCUGCCAAAAGUGAGGAGCUCUUCAGAGAUCUACGGUUUAAUGAAAAUCAGUUCUAGUCUGAAAUCUGGUCCCCUCACUGGUGUUCCAAUAUCAGGGUGUUUAGGGGACCAAUCUGCCGCUCUCGUGGGACAAAUGUGUUUUCAGGACGGCCAGGCCAAAAACACUUACGGGACUGGCUGUUUCCUGCUCAGAAACACAGGAACGAAGCCGGUAAUGUCAGAUCAUGGCCUCUUAACAACAGUAGCGUAUAAACUGGGUCGAGACAAGCCAGCCUGCUAUGCGUUAGAGGGUUCAGUUGCCAUAGCAGGGGCAGUGGUGCGCUGGUUGAAAGAUAACCUCGGGAUUAUCCAAAGUUCUACAGAGCUUGAGAAACUGGCUGCUAGUGUUGGAACGUCGUACGGCUGCUACUUUGUCCCUGCGUUCUCAGGUCUCUACGCCCCCUACUGGGAACCAAGCGCCAGAGGAAUCAUCUGCGGUUUAACUCAGUUCACUAACAGGAGUCACUUGGCCUUCGCUGCUCUUGAAGCAGUCUGUUUUCAGACACGAGAGAUCCUGGAUGCGAUGAAUCAGGACAGUGGGAUUCCUCUGACUCAGCUGCAGGUGGAUGGAGGCAUGACCUCGAACAGACUCCUCAUGCAGCUCCAGGCUGAUAUUCUCUGCAUUCCAGUAGUGAAGCCGUCCAUGCCGGAGACUACAGCUCUCGGAGCAGCUAUGGCAGCAGGGGCAGCAGAGGGCGUCAGUGUGUGGAGUUUGAAUCCUGAGGACCUCACUGAGGUCACUUCUGAGAAAUUUGAACCCCAGAUCAACCCGGAGGAGAGUGAGUUCCGUUAUGCUCGCUGGAAGAAGGCCGUCCGGAGAGCCAUGAACUGGGAGACUACAGAGCCAAUCAGUAAUGGAAACGAGGAAUCUAGUAUCUUCAGUAGUGUUCCCCUGGGCUUUUACAUUCUGGGUAGCAUGUUUAUGUUAAUUGGAGCAAAAUACAUUGCAGGUUACAAGUAGACUUCUUCAAUCCUCUUCGAUGUUGAAUAAUGAGAGAAGAAAGUAGGAUUCUAGGUAUGUCCUCUAGUGUCCAAUCACAAUCAUGCCGUUCCCCACUGGACAUUCCAGCUGUAGCUGCUAAGCUUACAACUUCACUCUCCAGGGAAUAGACACCACAGACAACUGAAUCAUCACUAUCUGACCUCUAAUCAAUGAACAAAGUUUGUUUUUAACUUUUGGUACAUGGUUGCCAUAGCUUGUGAGUUGUGAUAUGGCAACUGAAACAAUUUCUAUGAAGAAAAUGAACAAAACACUUUGUGAUAUCUGAAGUUGCACAGCACUAUUGUACUCGUGAAGAAACAGCUGGCAGCCUACACAUCUUCAUCUGACCCAAGCUGUUUGCUGUAGCUCCUUGAUCUUCUUUCUGUAGAUGAUGACAUUUACCACGUGUACCUCUGUGUAUUUGUUGGACUGUGUUGUAAAUUCGAACAACUUUUAAUUCUGCUGCAUCGUAUUUAUUAACUUUGGUUCAGUCCUCAUCUUCAUUGUCAUAUCAUGCAUUAGAAGGUGCCAAUAGUAGUUUUCCACGAUAUCUCUGAGGAAUGGUGCAAGAUAUGGGAGCGCUAACGUACAAAUCAAGCCAAGCACUGUAUGAAGACUGAACGGUUUCACCUUCAUAGGGUUCCGUAUGGUUGUUGAACAAAACUGUGCAUUACUGUUCCGUUACUGUGAGAUGCCCAACCCAAUAUACUGUGGAUCCCAAGGUAGAAAACGCUGAGACUUGGUCAAAACACGUCUUUUAAUGUUCCUGUUAGAAUGUCAACUAUUUCAAAAACACUAGAAUUCAGAAAGUCUGUUUUAACAAGACGUCUUGAUAGUCGCUAUGGUUGAAUUUUUGUUAUACGCUGAUGUCUCCGACCUAGGGACUGUGUUUUCCCAUAAUGCACUGUGCACAUACAUCACUUUUAAUCCUGAGAAUAUUGACGGAAGCAGCAACGUGGCUUGCAUUGGAUUCACUGUAUAAUAAAAUAAUUUAAUGUUGGUUAUGUCGUCUGCACCAUAUAGCUGUAGGUCAUGUUUGUUUUGUUCCUGGCUAAUCAUGAAUUGAGAGUUUAACAAUUAAAUAGCCAAUUAUUUUUUGGGUUAUUGCAUAACUAUGAAUUAGGCUUCCAUAGAGUAAAAAAACGUCAUGACAUUACCAUCUUUGUGAUGAGGUAUUUGACGAAAAAUGCUUGUAGUUUUAUUUUGAACAUCAAAAUGAUGUUUAAAAUCUGUUGUAUGGUUAAACGGUACUACGCUUUCCGGUUCAAAGUUACACGUACCAAUACAAUUAUGUAAUGAAAUAUCAAUGAAAUGAAUAUGGAAGUGCUCCUUCCAAAAUUGAUGCCAUCUGUGCCUCUAGUAAAUUCAGUUAUGCAUGUUCAUAGGACUGCAUAACACCUACAUAAGCUCUUUGUGAAAACUGAUAUAAAGCCAUAAAGGCAGCUCUUGUCAAUUUUCAUGUUAUGUGACAUAGCAGCUGUCUAAUGACAGAAGAUUGCGUUUUGACAUUUUUUCAGGCUGUCUUUUGUUGCUAAAAGUAACUGACUAAUGAGACAGAUUGGCAAAAAUAGAUCACUAUAUAAUUUUCCUGAAUGGCACAACAAAAGUGCGUUCACCAUAUCAUUGGAAGAUUACAAGUUCCAAUCCCGAUGAUGCUACAGCCAACGGUGACUGGGAACCAAGGGAGCAAAAUUGGGAGCCAUGCUCUCUGGAUGGGAGGGGUGAUAUAUUCUCUCUCUCCCCUGUCAAUCACAGCAACACUAGCCAAUCAUGGGUGUCUCUGAGCUCAUGUAUGCAGAAGAGGGCAGAUAGCGCUUUCCUCUGAGUGUGUUACGCUGCCCUUUGAGGCAACAUGAGCAGCAGUUUGGAGAGGUGCUUGAAAAGUUUUGUUGACAUCACAUGUCUCAGAGGAAGCACGUGCUGGCCUUCACCCUUCCCGGUUGGUAGUUGUUGUAUGAUAGGGGAGUGCAGGCUGGUGGACGGGAACUGACAGGUGACCAAAUUGGGGAGGAAAAAAUCUACAAAGUCAGCUAUCAUGAUGCUCUAAUAUAACUGUGCCCAGAAAGUGAUAUAACACAACCUUAUGGGUCAUUUUGUGUUGUCAACCUGACAUAAUUGACAUCAAAUUGACAAAAGCAUUCUUUGUGACGUUAUAAUGUAGGGUUAUGUCAGUUGUUAUAAAGUGCUUAUGUAGGUAUCAUUUAGUUCUAUGAGCACUGUUCUUAAGUAAAGUGUUAACACUUUUGUGUGUGUUUGUGUUUUAAUAACUAUAGUGAUGGUAUUAAUUGUGCCAUUAAAUCUAUUGCUAGGUAACUGUUCCGAUGUGGAGUUAAGCCAUAGUGCUUAAGUUACUUUGUUGUUAAUGAAGAAUUCAAAUUUUCAUUUUCUUUCAAUUAAGCAUUAUCGAGGUCAAAAGCCAAUGAACUUAAAAGUAGUAUAUUAGGAACCAUAAUGCUUUGCACUCCAUUUUAUACAGAGCCAACCAGUUAGUGGUGUUACCAACAUACAUUUUUGUAUUUUUUUGUAGAUUUGUAAAAGGGACUUUUUAGACAUUUGUGUGUUUAACAAGAAUUUAUAAUAUAUUCAUGUGUAUUUUUAUUUAUUUUUUUUAUGUACUUGAAUUGACCCAUGCACUGUUAUAGCACGUAUCAGUGGCCAGUGUUACUGAGGUACUUUGUCUCAAAUCAUGCACAAAUUUGCGCACUUUUAGAGCAAGUAGCGUGUUCAUAUUCAGAAAAGAAACAAAUAUACGGUAGUACUAUUAGUACUUGCUGUAUUAUCAAUUACAACCUGCUCUACAUAGAGCAAGGAGGUAAGGCAGGUUUCAACUUCUCUAAAAUAGCGAUCCAUUGAGCGAGAAAAGUUUAACAUUUUGGGGUUUUAAAAUUGGUUGUUGCUGUGGAAGCUCUUCUGGUGCAAGUCACUGAUAUGAAGUGAUGUGUGCAUGUUAUGCUUUGCCAUUACCGUUAAGCACUUCAACUUGUUUGAUUUAAGAUGUUAUCGUUCAAAAAUGUGCUACAUAGUACAAGUGCUUAGUGUACAGUCUAAGAGUAUAGUGCACAGUGCAGGAUUUGAGAGACUUUUUAAGUUUUUUUUUUUUUUUUUUUUUUUUUUUUUGGUUUUUGUUAUGUUGGUACAAAUGUGUAUUUUGUACAUUUUGCUUGAAAUUCCCUUAUAUGUAAAAUUAGCUUUUGCUGCACAUUAAAAUGGUGGAUUUGGUUAAUA